AUGAUGGAGUACAUCGGAGCGACCGGCAUUCCGAUCACCUUCGACAAUGUCCCAAUCUUUGAUGAUAUCGACUUCCAUUUCAUCCUCAGCUUCGCCAUUGAUGCAGAUCCCUCUGCCAAUCCUCAAAAUGGGAAAUUCUCUCCAUAUUGGCAGCCCUCCCUUACCCCAGAAUCAGUUGCAGCCAUUAAAGCCCAACACCCCAACGUCAAAGCCCUAGCCAGCCUCUCUGGUUGGAGCCUUGACAACAUCGUCCUCCGGUGGCGCAACCCUCCAGACCCUAACCUUUGGAUCUCCAAUGCCUUCUCCACUCUCCAAGACCUUGUCAACGAAUACCACCUGGAUGGCAUCGACGUGGACUACGAGAACUUCCCGAGACAUGGCUCCAACUUUGCUUUUUGCAUUGGCGAGCUCAUAACCCUAUUGAAGAACCAAAGCGUGAUCUCAGUAGCCACAAUUGCACCAUAUUACUCAACAGUUUUGCCGUACUUGGAGCUCUUCCAUGGCUAUGGGAAGGUGAUUGAUUUUGUGAACUACCAAUUUUAUACUGAUAAGGUGACAACUGCGGAGGCAUAUUUGAAGAGAUUUAAGACUCGAGCUAAGGAGUUUGGAAGUGCAAAGUUGUUACCCAGCUAUGAGGUGAAUGGAAGAGGGAUUCAAGGGGAUGCUUUUUUUGAAGCUUUGAGUUUGUUGGAUGAAAAUGGAUUUGAUAUUAAUGGAGUCAUGAUCUUCUCUGCAGAUGCUUCCUUGUCCAAUGAUUUCCUUUUUGAGACUAAAUCUCAACAAUUUUUACUUAAUACCGCAUAA